AAGACACUUUGCAGAAACACCUGAGAUACAAGAAGGAAUUUUGUACGGAAGACCCUUCAGUGGUGUUUACAUAUAGAUAGCUCUGGUGAUUUAGGGACAGCAAGAUGCCGACAGACAUUGAUAUUUUGUGCAAAUAGGGUUUUAUUGAUUCAAAAGGUGGAAGUCCUUCUGAAGAAAAAAACUUUUUUUUUGGAGGAGACCAAAUUAUCUAUUAAGGUGAUAGUCUGUCUCACUUCCAGGUUGGGUUUUAACUGCAUAUCCGCCGUACCUGUGUCAUUAAUUACUUUCAGAGUGGAAAAGAGGUAAGAUUUUUUGUGAAGUUGGUGGACAUCAAAGGAUGAAAAAGGAAAAUUUCGAGAUAAAAAGUUAUUGUGGGUGACAUGGUCACUGACAGGUAGUACUUGUAUGGGAUUAGAGUUACCAAGCAUUGCAUCUGUUAACAUUGUGGACCAGUUUGAAGAAGAUUUGACCCAUUAGCAAAUCCUUUGGACCUAUAUUCUGUUAUUUCAUUGAACCCAUUGGACAAAUCUGAAAGGAGACUAGCUAGAGUUCCUUUUGAGUGGACUUAAUGGAGAAAAGGGAAAGCAGGUGCUUUGGCCGAGGCUCAGGAGAAUACACAAGAAGUAUGGAUCAGUGAUCAUUGGCACACACACCUUUAAAUGUAUCCCCUGAACAUAUAGGCGAUUGACAGUUUAAGAUUUUAUCCACCAUUCAUACUUCAUAGUAUUGGGAAGAUAAUAGCCCCAUACCUAUUCAACAAACUUUUACAAACUCUGCAUUGAAAAGAUAAAAGCGUGAAAAAUAUUCUUUUGCUUCCUCCGUUUCGUCCAAGUUUAGUGUGGAGAUGUAAACAUAGCCAACCUGUGUUACAGAACGAGCUGUUCGACCAUUUCCAAGCUUAUUUCUCUGGAACCUUUUUGGACAGGCGAUGGUUUAAAUUGGAAAAUUUUUAUUUGACCAUACUUGGACCUAAUCUAUAAUGAAAUGGAUACUCAAAUUGGCAGAUGUUUUAUCUAGUUGUGUGCUGAUUGGAAAGUAGACGUGCAUGUCGUUUUGACUCGGAGGAGAGUUUUAGCACGAGUGAUUUGACAGAUAACCGACUUGAUUUUGGAAAAACUACACCUGCGAGUCCUCAACCUUGUGUAAUUGGAGAAAUAAGUGUUCGUGCUAAUGAAUACAUAUUAACAAAAAUCAGAAACUUAGCCGUGUUUCAUUUUGUUUAAGUUUGAAAAGUUCCUGGACUGCUUUUAUUUACAUACUGCAGAGUGGAGUGAAAAAGUUAUAUUAUAUCAGAGUUUCAUAUUUUUGUUUUAAACUGACUUUUUAGGCACAUAGUUUUGUAUGUGUUCACAUUUUUGUGUCCCAAUUGUGGGAAGACUGACUAAUUAAGACAUAUGUUAAUUAAUCAAGACAUGUGUCCCAUUUUCCAAAUUUUCAAGCAGCUAUUUUAAGAGCAGUAGAAUUUUUUUUCUGUUGACCUUCAGAAGGAGCUAGGAAAAGUUGAACUGCAUCAAAUCCCAGGUUGUUAUAAGACACACAGAAGGAAGAUGCCUAUUACCUUUCAUAGUAAGAAGAGGAAUGCAUUAGCCACAUAAUUUAAAGAUCCUUUUAUCAUAAGUAGGGGUAAACUUGAACAAAGACCUUAUAGUAUGUGAUGAUUCUAAACAAAGCCCCGUCCUGUUACAAGAUUCGGGAUAAUUAUUGACACUCAGGUGCUUCUUACCUACCAUUUUACCUUUCCGGGGAUUAAAAUCUGGCGCUUCUUCAAAUCGGGGCUUCUGGUACAGAUAAAUUGUGAGGCCACAGUGUGCCGGAGAUAUUAAUAGGGCACUGGAGUGGGAAACCAUCAACAACCAUAAACAUCUCUGGAGCUUCUACAUUUUUUUUUUUUUUAAAGUAAAAGUGUGACAAAUGAAUUUUCACGGAUGCGUUAUGGUUUGAUGUGGCAUAAUUCAUACGGGAUUUCUUAUCAUUUACAUAUCUAGUGGAACAAAAGGUAUGUUCAAAUGUAAAGGUGUCAUGGUACGGUAAAGAACAUCCUUUUGAAAUCGGAGUUCAACCAUUGAUCGGUGUGGAAUUACAAUCAUAGAAUAUUUUAAACUAAGUCUUGCAGGAGACAAUUUUUUGUGGUUUGAUUUUACUUGGAUUGUGAUAUUUUUUUGUUGAAUUUUGAAUUUUCUUAAGAAAAUUUCCUGGAAGCAAUAUGAGCUCAAAUUCACAACGAAGAAGAUCAGGGGUUAAGGGAGAUGCUGCCAAAAGCAAAACUCAUUCCGAAAGGCCAAAAACACCUACCUCAGGGGGAGGGGGAAAUAGAAGGAAAUCGGAGCCUCCUAAAGGACUGCCCUUGCAGAACAAAUCUAAUGGACAUGGAGAUGACCUCAAAAAUGUACAAAUGGAUUUUCCAGCCAUAUCUCCAGGAAAUGGUGGAAAAUCCAAAUGGGAUAACUUAAGUCGAGGCACCAUUUCAUCCAGCCUAAAGAAAAGUGGCAGCGGAGCUAUGGAUACAGGAAAUCCAGAAAUGAAGAGAAGUGUGAGUGUGACGUUUGAUUUGAAGUCUGAUAAAGGAUCAAAACAGAAACUGUCUCAAACUGCAUCUGUUGAGCCCAACCAAAUGAAGAGAAGCACCAGUGGUGAACUUCACCAAAGGCAGCUUAUGCAAAGAUCAAUUUCAAAAGAGGACUUCAGAGCAACUCAGGAGGAAGUUGAGAAGAGAAUGCAUAGAACUGUCUCUUUUAAUGACAAUCUUGCAGGCUUGAAUUCCAAUGGGAAAGUUCCAGAGGUAGAAAAUUCAGUGAAACUAAGACAUCCAAAGGUGGAAAAUAUGAGUUCCAUGCAGGAUAGUCCAGAGGGUGGGGAGGUUGUGGUGAAAAGGAGAGGUGGAAAAAGACGCUCAGAUCCACCUAACAAGAGGUGGAGUCUCAAUCUUCCACUGGAGAGUGGAUCGGGUGUUGGAAGUGGAAGAGAUCUUAAGUCUCCUUCCAUCCCUGGAAGUAGAACAAGUAAAAGGAGAGUGCCUUCUGGAGAUUAUACAUCUUAUGCUCCUAUUUUGAAUGCAGCAACCAGUUCCUUGGAUUUGGAUAAGAUCAUUCAAAUGUACAAAGUUGAUGAAAAUUUUGCCAUUCCAGAGGCUCGCUCAGAAACAGAGGUACAGUCAGAGAAGGCAUGGCUAGAGGCAGAAAAAGUAUGGCUGGUUCACAAAGGGGGGUUUGCCUCGGCCAGCAUCGUCAAGGGGAACGGAAUGGCCCCCCUCCCCGAGGGACGAGUCCGGAUCAAGUUGGACCAUGGUGGAGAUGUACUGGAGGUGGAUGAAGAUGAUGUGGAAAAGGCUAAUCCACCACAGUUUGACAGAGCGGAGGAUCUGGCCUCGCUGAGAUUCCUGAACGAGUCGAGCACCCUGCACACCUUGAGACAGAGAUUCGGCGCCAAUCUCAUCCACACCUAUGCAGGAUCCAACAUGGUGGUGGUCAAUCCCAUGCACCAGAUGUCUAUAUACUCUGAGAAGGUGAUCCAUGUGUUCAAGGGAUGUAAGCAGGAGGACAUGCCGCCCCACAUCUACGCCAGUGGGCAGAUUGCCUACAGAGACAUGCUGAACAGUCGCAGGGAUCAGUCCCUCAUCAUGAUGGGCCGAAGUGGCAGUGGCAAGUCGGUCUGUGCCAAACACAUCCUGUCCUACCUGACCCUAGCGGCAGGCAGUGUCAAUAACGUCCUGACAGGAGAUAAACUUAAUGCAAUCUCGACAUUGAUGGAUGCCUUUGGAAACAGUAGAUCCAUUCUGAAUACCAAUGCCAGUAGAUACGGACAACUCACAACUCUGGAUUUUGAUCACUCGGGCCAGAUUGUCUCUGCUUCCAUCCAGGUGAUGCUGUUUGAGAAGACAAGGGUGGUGAGGCGCCCAGAAGGUGAACCCAGCUUCCACGUCUUCUACCAGAUGUUGGCCGGACUGGACUCCAGUCUCCGGAACGAACUCCAGCUCAAUGCCCUGGGAGAUCCCAACCUCUUCAUGACACCUCUGCAAAGGAAUGAAGAUCGUCAAAGAGCUGCCGCUUCAUGGAGCAAGAUUUUCAACGCCAUGGAGGUGAUUGGGAUGUCGGAUGAGGAGCGGAGGUCGAUCUGCUACAUCUUGGCUGCCAUCUACCACUUGGGUGUAGCGGGCGCAGUGAAGGGACAGAACAACAAGCCACAGUUUGCCCGGCCCGCCGCGGCCCUGAAGGCCUCACAGCUGAUCGGAAUCACACAGGAGGAGCUGGCCAGGCAGAUCUUUGCCUCAGGGGGAUCCUCAACCCUCAGUAGGAGCACCUCGAUGAGGAUCAAUAGACCUAUAGGGGGAAGCCCAGCUGACAAGGGUCAAGGUGACUUUAACACUAAUGCUAUGGAGGCCCUGGAGGGUUUUGUUAUUGGUCUGUACUCUGCUGUGUUCAAUGCCAUAGUGUCUCUAAUAAACAGAUCCAUGUCUUCAAAUAUUCGUACUUCCACUUCCUUGACUGUGGUAGACCUGCCUGGGUUCCAGAACCCCGCGACGUGCGGACGUAACUCGGGGGCCACGUUUGAGGACCUCUGUUACAACUACGCCCAGGAGAAGAUUCAGAUGUUGUAUCACGAUCUGACCUUCACCCUCCAACAGGACAGAUACAGUCAGGAGAAUGUUGAUUGUGACUUUGAGUUUGUCACCAGUAGUCCAGCAGCAAUGGUCUCCCUCAUUGAUAAGCCAGCCCAGCAACUCCUGCAACCUAUUGGCAACAGGCAUCAUGGGAUUGAUUCCCAUCAUUCAAAUCAUGGUCAUUCCCAUCAUGCAUCUGAUGAGGUCAGGACAUCUUCCCAGGAAAUAAAGGAGAGUGAUAAGAAGGGGUUGUUGUGGAUUCUGGAUGAGGAAGCCAUAUUUCCAGGGGCUACCGAGGACAGCUUCAUGGACAGGCUCUUCACUCAUCACGGAGAACAGAAAGUCAAAAAAGACAGUCUGUUGAGGAAAGCCUCAUCCAUAGGGAACACCUUCAUACUGAAUCACUUCCAGGGAACUAACCCUGUCCAGUACAAUGCCAGUGGCUGGCUGAAGGGCUGCCGGGAGAACCCUCUCAUCAAGACAGCCAUACAGGUCCUGCAAGACUCAAAAAGGCAAAACAUCAAUGAGUUGUUUAACACAGUGAAGGCCCCUGUAGCUGGGAUGGUCAGUGGUUCCAUUGUGGGAAUGGAGGGGACGACGUCUCUCAAGAGAGUGGGCAGCAUGCGACGCACAUUCAUGUCAGGGACAGCUGGUCUCAAAAAACGCUCAAUGUGUCUUCAAGUCAAAUUCCAAGUGGAUUCCAUUAUAGAAACUAUACGUAAAACCAAAUGUCACUUCAUUCACUGUCUCCUGCCUCAACACAAUGCUGGACUGUGGGAGCUCAAACAGGGGUCCUCCCCCCAGGACAAGCCCUCGGACGAAAACCUCAUGAACGUUCCACUUAUACGGUCCCAGAUCAGGGGAGCAGAACUUCUGGAGGGAGUCCGCAUUUAUCGACAAGGUUUCCCUGAUAACAUGGUGUUUGGUGAGUUCAGACAGAGGUUCCAGGGUCUGCUACCCCCCAGCAACCAACCCUCCAAGGAUGCUGACAUGAAACAGGCUGUAUUGACUAUCCUGGAUCAUCUGGAUAUUGAUAAACUGAACUACAGAGUUGGCCUAAGUCAGGUGUUCUUCCGCGCAGGUGCUCUUAACAGGCUAGAGAUGGCUCGAGACGAGAAGAUCACAGGAACAAUUGUCAAUUUACAGGCUAGCUGUAGGGGCUUCCUAGCCAGGAAGAACCUGGAAAAAUUAAAGGUGAAACAUAUAGCUAUCAGCUGUAUUCAGAAGAACGUCAGGAAACUGAUGCUGAUAAAGGACUGGUCUUGGUGGAAACUGUUCACAAAGGUCCAGCCAUUACUGGAUGUCCACAGAACGGAGGAGGAACUCAAAAAUAGAGAGUAUGAGCUGGAACAGCUGAAAGCUAAACUGGAAAAGCUUGAGAAAGAAAGAAAUGAGUACAAAACACAGUCUGAGAAGAUGGAGAACAGAUUAGCGGAAGUGACGGCAGAUUUAGCGGAGGAACAUGACACAGCAACCCAUGCAACAGAAAUGUUGGAGGCGGAAACAGCAGACCGAAUGCGGCUGGACAAAGAACUCAAAGAUGUUCAGUCAAAGUAUGGAGUCUUAAAAAGACAUGCAGAAAAGAUUGAAAUGGAGAUGACUCAGAUGCAUUUGUGGCAAGCACAAGCCAUGGAGGGAAUGGAUGAAGAUUUUGGUGAUGACUCCAUUUACAAGGACAGGUACGAGAGAGUGAUGCGAGAAACCACGGUCAGCAGGAAACGGAUGGAGAAACAGCACGAGGAGGAACUGGAGAAAGAGCAGUCACUGAAGAAAAACGUGGAAAGAAAGUUGCACGAGGCGAUUGAGGAUGCUGAGGACCAGAGGAGACAGCUGUCCGCGGCCAAGAAGAAGGCACAGCGUCUGGCCGCUGAGAUGCAGGACACGAAGCUCCACCUGGAGGAACAGAUGUCACGCAACAAUGACCUGGAGCGCAAGCAACGACGCUUUGAUGCAGAGCUGAACAAAUCUCAGGAAGAGGUCCGAGACGAGAGAAACCUACGUGAGAAGCUUCAGAGGGAGAGAGACCAACUCGCCUCCUCCAAAAUAACUCUGGAACAGGACCUACAGAGAAUGAAAGUGGAGUACGAAGAGAAAUCGGAGAAAGUGGAUCGUCUUAACCGAGAACUGAUGGAUUUAACAUUGACUGGAACCAAAGGAUCUGAUCAUGAGGUGAUGGCUCUGAAGAAAGCGAAGCAUGAACUGGAGUCGAAGAUCAAGGAUCAGGAGGAGGAGCUGGAUGACCAGGCGGGACAGAUACAGCAGCUGGAACAGACUAAAAUUCGGCUGGAGAUGAACAUAGAGCGGGCCAAACAGCAGCACAACAAGGAACUGGAAGAGAAGGAGGAAGAGAUGGAAGAACUCCGAUACUCCAUGCAGAAAAAGCUGAAGAAUUUAGAAAACCAGAUAGAAGAAGAAUAUGAUGACAAGAAGAAGCUCCAACAGGAAAAGAGGGACCUAGAGAGACAGAUUCAGGAGCUCAGUUCUAAAGCAGGAUCAAGGGACAAAGAGGGAGAGAAAAGGCUAAAGAGAGACUUGAUCAGGACCCGGGCUCUGCUGAGGGAUGCUGAGAUUGUGAUACAGAAGAACCAGGGGACAGAGGCCAGCAAGGCUCAAAUCAAAUCACUCAGGAACAAGCUGGAUGAUUCAGAAUAUACUGCAGCCGCUGCAACAAAAGCCAAGAAAACCAUGGAGCUAGAGAUUCAGGACCUUCAGCAGCAGUUAGACGACAUCUUCAGAGCCAAGACAGAGUCAGAAAACAAGGCCAUGGCUCUGCUGAGAGAGAAGACAGAGCUACAGAGUGAGUUGGAUGAGAAUGAGGAGGACUACAAUGAUGUGAUGAGGAAGUACAAGGCGGUUGUCGCGCAGGCCUCCUUGGACCAGAACAUGAUCUCCCAGCAGUCCCAGCAGAUAGAGGAGCUGUCCACUGACCGGGAGAGGCUCAAACAGGAGAUAUCAGAUUUACAACUGAAGAUUCAAAAUUUUGAAGACAAUUCAGUAGAUAAAUCAGCAGUAUCCAGGUUGGAAAGCAAAAUAAGAGACUUGGAGAACAAAUUAGAACUAGAAAUUUCACAGAAGCAUAGGCUAGAGGUACAAUUAGGUCGAACUAAGGAGCAGGUUGACAAGUUGGUGGAGGAGAAGGAGGGGCUAGUGACCCAGAAAACCCAGACAGAGGAGAAGGUGAAGGGGGUGCAGCGGCAGCUGCGGGACCUGAGGGAGGAGUUCUCCGACGCCCAGAAGAAAGAGAUGGAGGUCGCUCAGAAGAACAAGGAACUGGAGAGUAAGGUGCUAGACCUGGAAGCAGACUUUGAACAGAAACAUUCAGAUCUCAAGUUAGCCUUCAAGAGGAUUUCAGACCUACAAGCUGCACUAGAGGAAGACAUGUUAAGUGACGAUGAGCUAAUAUUAAAUAGUGACGAGUCGGACCUAGAUGACGACGAUUACCUGGGUGACCAGAGGUCGUCCCUGUACAACCACACAGGGUCCCACUACUCACGCUCACCCAGAAGUCUCUCCUCUAGUAGUACUCAGGACAGUGGCCAUAGUCCUAGACCUAUUCAAAUUAAUGGGGCUUCGGGCUAUGACUGACACAUCAGCAGGGCUUAGGUACUAUGGGCAAUGUGCAAAGACUUCCCAGCCUGGGACAAACAAAUAUAUACCUCCGAGAAUCAAAAGAAACUCUAUCCAGGUGCUUUAUCAUGGAAUACGGAGCCAGUGCUCACUCAACACUACCGCCACCCUCAUCAAGAGUCCAGGUCCACCGACAACGAGGACUCUUUGUUGUAGUUUUCUGAGAAGAAAUCCAUAGGAAACAAGAUUUUAUGGUUGCAGAAAGUGCUUUAAAUUUUCUCUCUUAUUCUUAUCUUUAAUUUUGAGCAAGGAAUUAUAAAUUUUGGACUUCUUAUUUAUUGUUCAUCUGUAUGUGUUGGGGGGUAAAUUGAAUUAUUUAACAUUAAAAAUGGUAUUAUCUGCUGAAGGCAGAUGUACAUGUAUUUGUGUAUGAAAACAUUUACAAAUCCAGCAUAUAUCUAAGUGUGUUCUGCUUGUAUCCAUGUAACUCUGUACCGAUUUAUAUGAUCCGUGUUCUAACUUCCGUCAAAAAGAAAAAGAAUUAACUGUGAUAUUUGUGUGCUUGUGGUAGAUGUUGCCACAGAAACUGAUAAACUAAUCAAGACGUGUAUUGUUGAUCUCCCUUGCCAACCAGAUUUACUUGUAGUGUAAUUAAAAAUCAAGAGAUUGGAGUAGGAACCCAAUAGGAAUUCUUAAUAGCUUACAUUAUGUAUACGUAAUUAUAGAUAGUGUAACCAAUUUAUUUAUAAACUAGAGUGGUUGUUACUUGUUAGAUCAUGUGCUGAUGAAAAGUACAUUCAAAAUGUAGAAAAUGUACUGUAUUUCUUCAUAUUUUAAGAUUAAUAUGUUUUGUACGUGAGAAGUGGCUGAAGGAAUUUUUAAGAGAAUUAACUGUUCAUAGUGAGUGUUACAUAAUUUGAUGAGAGAAAUGGCAGCGAAGACAAAGACUUAAGGACUCAUUUGUCUUCGGCUUUCAUUAUUAUGGGAACAAUAUACCUUUUCAUCCUUCCUCAUCUUCUAACAUUGUUUCCAGUUUUAAUCCUUGUUGUUAUUUUUUUUCAUUCAUGCAUUUAGAUAUAAACAAAUUGAAAUAUUC